GUAACCUUCUCCGCCCUCAUCUCGCUGAGAAAACCCAGUGGCAGGGAGAUGCAUUUGAUCUAGUCAUUGCCUUUAGUGUUUUCCUCAGUUCGGUGUGUCAGGCUGCAGAUGCAGAGAGUGGCCGAGGAUCACCAGGACUCGACCAUGGGGAUUUAAACCGAGCAACAAGGGAAGGAACUGACUUUGGUUUGAAAUCCUGAGAAGAUCAUGCAACAUCUUAAGAUAUGGCGAUCUCUGCUUCUUUUUGUCAUUUUCUUCCAGCCGGGGAUCUCAGACAAAUACGGAUGUCUGUUUGAGAGGAAACUCUGCCCAUUGGAACAGUUCUGUUCAGAUGAUGGACUGUUUGGCCAGUGCCGGAGCUCCAAGCAGGACCAGGUCCAGUACCAGGUGUCGGUGCCGGUCCUGAAGAGGAUGCAGGAGGUCCUCAAACAGCUGAUGAUGCAUGAUCUGUCAUGGCAGGAUGACAUCACCCAGUACAUCAUAUCCAGGGAGCUGAAGAGAGUUCCUCACACGACGCGCCACGCUAAGGCCCCCCCUCCCUCCUCCCACAGGUCCAGGCAGCAGAACCACCGCCACAGCGCCAAGCCCCCGUCCAUGCCCCCGGCGGAGAACUACCUGGACUACAUGAUCGUAGAGCCCCCCCGGUCCCCCCUCCACAUGCAGACUGCCUCCAUGGACCCCUACGCAUACCAGCACCAGCACAGGUACGCAGACGAGGUGGAGCGAUCCCUACACCCCAUUGGUGGAGGGCUCAGCUAUGGCCGUCCCUCUGCACGCUCACAGGCCAAUCAGAGAGAGCGGGAGCGGGAGCGGGAGCGGGAGCGUGACAGACAGAUGCUGCAGGAAGCCAUGUCCCUGUACCUGACGUCCGACCAGCCCUCCCACCGGCACCGCGGAGCCGCGCCCAUGACCCCCGCAGGCCUGCCGUACUACGAUGACCUGGAACUGGAGCUGCCGGUGGACUAUGUGGAAGACUACACCCUGGAGGAGAGAGUGGGUACUGUGGCGCGGCCCCCGCCCCCGCAGCAGAAGAAGAAGCCCCUUCAGGAACGCCUGCCAGCCACCAACGACGGGUUACAGCAGCGCAUGUCCGGGGUGCUGGAGGGCUAUGGGAUGGAUCCCAGGAAGCUGAGCCCCCAGCAGCUCUACAGACUGGCCCUCAUCCUGCAGCUGAUCCAGGCCGAGGACCGGACAGAGCCCUUAGAGACGGAUCUUCUGGCCCUCAAAGAGACCCAGCUGGUGAAGAAGCCGGAGGGCAAGGCACCCAGCUCCACGGAGAAGGCUGCUCUGCCCCCGGCCGCCCCUGUAGAAGCGGCCCCCGGCCCGAGCAGGUCCUCCACCCCCUCUUCUCCCUCCGCCCGGGCCCCCGGGGCAGCGGAGGCUGGGCAGGGGCUGAGGGACAAGGUGGUGCAGCUGGACGAGGGCUCCAGAGCCAAGGAGGAGUACGGCUACAUCGUCACCAACCAGAGCCCCCUGAGUCUGUAUGAUGGAAUCAAGCUAUUGGAGCUGUUGGCUGAUAAAAUUCACCUAGCAACGAGCAGCUUCAUCAACAUCAGCGUGGUGGGGCCUGCUCUGACGUUCCGUAUCCGCCAGAAUGACCUGAACAUGACGGCAGCAGAGGUAGCAGCUAAAGCAGUGUCAGAGAAGAACUUCCUGGAGUCUGAGAGCAGCCUGAAGAUAGUACAGACGGGGACUGGAGAGAGAACAGAUGUACGGGGUCUCCCCCAGGUCACCAGGGUCUCGCAGGGGUCAAGCGGGACGGUCAUCACACUGGUCUCCAUGGCAGUUGUGGGAGGACUGCUGGUAUUGGCCAUGGCGGCUGCUUGUCUCAGGCACCACACUAACCAGCUGGCCAAUGGGAAGCUUGGCCUCGGGCCGGAGGGCGGAGCCGAAACACACUUUGACUACCAGGAGCUGUGUCGGCAGCACAUGGCCUCCAAGUCGUCCUUGUCCCGGCACGACAGCGCCAGCGGGGGCGGUGCCGGGGGGGGCACCCUGGCCAGCGGCAGCGUGACGGCAGCCGGGGCGGGGGGGCGCCGCGGGACCGACACCUCGCGCGUCAGCAGCGUCUCCUCCCAGUUCAGCGACGGGCCCCAGCACAGCCCCUCCUCCACCCACAGCUCCACCCCCUCCUGGAGCGAGGAGCCCGCCCAGUCCAACAUGGACAUCUCCACGGGCCACAUGAUCCUGGCCUACAUGGAGGACCACCUGAGGAACAAGGACCGCCUGCAGAAGGAGUGGGAGGCACUGUGCUCCUACCAGGCCGAGCCCAGCUCCGUGGACCUGGCCCAGAGGCCCAGCAACAUGGAGAAAAACCGCCACGCCGACUCACUGCCAUAUGACCACUCUCGAGUGAAGCUGAAGAUGGAUGUGAACCCAACUAAGGAGGACUACAUUAACGCCAGUAUAAUAAUCGACCACGACCCCCGGCUGCCCGCCUACAUCGCCACGCAGGGCCCGCUGCCCCACACCAUCGCCGACUUCUGGCAGAUGGUCUGGGAGAAUGGCUGUACGGUCAUAGUGAUGAUGACGGCACUGGUGGAGGACGGAGAGAAGCAGUGUGAGCGCUACUGGCCUGACGAAGGCUCCUCCCUCUACCACAUCUACGAGGUGAACCUGGUGUCGGAGCACAUCUGGUGUAAGGACUUCCUGGUGCGCAGUUUCUACCUGAAGAACGUGCAGACCCAGGAAACCAGGACCCUCACCCAGUUCCACCUGCUCAGCUGGCCUGCAGACGGCAUUCCCACCUCCACACGGCCCCUGCUCGACUUCCGCAGAAAGGUCAACAAGUGCUACCGAGGUCGCUCCUGUCCCAUCAUCGUUCACUGCAGCGGCGGCACGGAGAGGACCGGCGCGUACAUCCUCAUCGACAUGGUGCUGAACCGCAUGGCCAAAGGAGUGAAGGAGAUCGACAUCGCAGCCACAUUGGAGCACAUCAGAGACCAAAGGCCUGAGCUUGUUCGCACCAAGGACCAGUUUGAGUUUGCCUUGACGGCCGUGGCAGAGGAGGUGAACGCCAUCUUGAAAGUCCUCCCACAGUGAGAAGCAGUACCUAAGGAAG